AGAGGGACGAGGAGCGCAGCUGCGUCAGGAACAGUUUCGGAGGAUAACUUAUCAAUUCUGCAGCGGAUUCUGUUUCUUAUGCAGCACAGGGUCGUCGCUUGCUGACAGGAUGGCUCUGUUCCACGAGGGGGCGUUGGCCGGCGGUGCCAUGGAGGCCUCGAACUUCGCUCAUGUGAUCUUCCAGAACGUGGGGAAGAGCUUCCUGCCGAACGCAGCGUUGGAGUGCCGCUACACCCUGACACACCACAUCACCCCCCACCACAGGGACUGGGUGGGCAUCUUCAAGGUGGGCUGGAACACGGCCCGGGAUUAUUAUACCUUCCAGUGGGCACCUUUUCCAGAAAACUCUGCGGAGGGCGGUGCCGUCACGCAGGCCGUGGUGUUUCAAGGGUACUACCUCCCCAAAGACGACGGCGAGUUCUACCAGUUCUGCUACGUGACGCACAGAGGGGAGAUCAGGGGCGCCAGCACACCAUUCCACUUCUGCGCCUCCACACCUGCGGCCGAGCACCUGCUGACCGUCGAGGACGAGAGCAACUCCGACAUCCUGGUGGUCACCUCCAAGACCGACGUGCUGGAGCAGAAGGUGGAGGAGGCGCAGAGAGAGAAAGAGGAGCUGACGGAGGCCAUACGCCUCCUGCAGGAGGAGAAGGCAGAGCUGCAGCUGGAGCAGGAGAGACUGAGGAGAGAGAGAGAGCAGGAGAGAGAGACCUGCACCCAGCUGCGCUCCCAAAACCAGGAGCUGCAGCACUCCUCUCAGAUGCUGCAGGAGGAGAAGGAGGAGGCGCAGAGGAAGCAGAAGGAGGCAGAGGCCAGGGUGCUGCAGCUGGAGGAGAACCUGAGAGGAGUCACUCAGAAAGGACUGCUGAAGGAGUCUGAGCUGGAGUGCCUCAGAGACCGGAUGAAGAAGCUGAGUUUGGAGAGAGACUGUCUGGAGUCUCAGCUGAAGAUGGAGAGAGAUGAGAGAGAGAUGUGUAAGAUCCACCUGAGGAACACGGAGUUGGAGAACACCAAGCUGUCUGCAGAGCUACAGAUGCUGCGCUCUGUGGACAUGAACAAGGAGAUCACCAUCGCGCAGUUCCAGGACGAGCUGAGCCGGCUGCGCGCCGAGAGGGACAGACUGCAGGAAGAGAGCCUGGCUGCCUCCUCCCUGCCGGGGGAGAACUCCCGGCUGAAGGAGCAGCUGCGUCAGGCGGAGGAGCAGCUGCAGGUCUUGCGGCAGCAGGCGGCCAUGUUGGCGUCGGAGCUGCGGGACACAUCUGGCGCCCGCGACCACAGCGUGUCGGAGCUGCACCGCGCACGGCUGGAGGCCGACGCCCUGCGCACCAGCCUGGCUGAGGCGCAGGCCGAGUGUGGCCGUGUCCAGCAGCAGCUGCAGAGCAUGAGGACCACCGCACCGGAACCGCAGGGUGUGGAGGUGGAGCUUCAGAGGGAGGUGGACGAGCUGAAGCUGAGGCUGCAGCUGGCUGCUGAGCAUUAUAAGGAGAAGUACAGGGAGUGCCAGAGACUGCGUAAGCAGGUGUCGCACCUGUCCCAGGCACAUCAGGAGUCAAAGAAAAGUGUGGCUGUGCAGUCAGAGACCCCUCUGUCCGAGAGUGAAGAGUCUGUAGCAGUAUCCCAGGACCCCAAGGAUACCCCACCUGCCCCCACUGCUGAAGAGAUGCUGAGCCAGGAGAAGCAGUGCAGUGCUGUGUUGGAGGAGGAGCUGGCUGAGAUGGAGCAGAAGUGGCGUGCGCAGUGCAGUCUGACUGAGAGCCUGACGCUGCAGCUGGCAGCCGAGGAGGAGCGCCACAAGAGCCAGAUGGCAGAGAAGGAGCAGGAGGUGAAGAUGCUGGAGGAGCGAGUGGUGGAGGUUCUGAAGGAGAAGGAGAAGCUGGAGGAGGAGCUUCAGAGAGGGGCAGAGGGGCCGCAGGACAGGAUGGAGCAGGGCUCACGGUCAGAGGGGGCCACGCCCAUAUUCCUGCACUACCCCAUUCCCUACCCACAAUGCCCGGCAGAGCUGCAGUUUGGGAACCCCUACUCCUCACACCCUGCACGAGGCGGAGCGGACAGUGAGUUCCCCCCCGGGCCCCUCGGUGUGGGACCCCCCUCCCAGGACAGCGAUGUGGUCUGUAUCCAGCCAACCAGAAACCUGAACCCCCCCGAUGGCCUGGAGGAGCCCAAGGGGUGCAGCAACCAGGGCGGCGCUGCCGAGGCCUUCAGUGGCAGCAGGACCAGCUUUUGCUUUGACUCCAGGUCGGGCAGUCGGAGGCGCUGUCCGCUGUGUGAGCUGGUGUUCCCCCCGCAGUUUGAGCAGAGCCGUUUCGAGGAGCACGUGGACGGCCACUGGAGGGCGUGUCCCGUCUGCAGCCAGCAGUUCCCCCUCGACUGCAAUCAGCAGGCGUACGAGAGGCAUGUGCACAUGCAUUUCCACGGCAACACCCCCGAUGCUCCCGCGGAGCAGCCGUAUCGCCGCCCUGCUGGCCAGUUUGAGUAGCGCUGCUCCGUCAUUUCUGGGUAUUGAAGACUCUAUUAUGGGACCAUACGCUGUCGUUAUUUCAUGUGUGAAUGACAUCACCUGUGACCACACCUGGCCACUGGGCUCGACAGGUGAGCUAUUCAUCUGCAGUGAGGUUGGCGGUGAUGCACCGCAUUGAAUUGUGGGAGAGGACUCCAGCAGCAGGGGGGGGCAGAGGGGGCUUCUGGCUCAGAAAUGCCCUGAACCGAAUUGCACUGGAUGUUAAAAGCUUUACUAUGGAUGUAUUUAUGGAAGGACAUGGACUUUCUGUGUAAACAUUGCCGUUUGCAUUGCAUCCAGAUACAGAGUCACCAGGUCUGUCCAGCACACUGCUCAGCCUGCCUGCAUAUGGAGGCAGACAUGCUUUUGUAGACCUCUGCUGUUCCAGAGCCAAAGCCUCUGAGAAGCUCUGGUGGUCCUUCUCUGUGUGUCAUGGUCUCAUUUAACCUCCCAGUCACACCGUUGCUCUCAGAGGACAGACUGGUCUAGUGAUUCUGUGUCUCUCUGCCCUAUUCAGCCUCUUCCUGCCGGCUGAUCUGACUCCCGCAGCCUCUGAAAUGUGGCCGCCCGGAGGCGUCUGUGUGAAACGCAGCUGAAUAAACUCUGGGUGUGCGGCUGGCAGUACGCAGCUCACUCAGUAAACACUCCAGUCACUGAUGUAAUUCUUUAUUUUCCAAUGGAAUC